GGAGUUGUCUUUAAGUUUUAAAAAAAUAAAAAUAAAAAUAAAAUAUUAAACAUUCUCAAAGAAUGAUACUUUGACAAAGAUACAAGCUUUGGGGUGAAAAGGGUAAACUAACUUUAUCUUCUCCACCCAUUUUGUUCUGCAUUCAAACAAGUCUCAGAAAGAAAAAGUACACAAACUGCAACUUCUAUCUAUCUAUAUAUAUAUAUACACUUCAUUUUGCAACAAACCAAAAGACAAGGUUUGAGCAACUGCCAUUGUUUUGUAUAAUGAAGUUGUGGAAGGUUCCCCUGACAUCUCAGUUAUCUGAGAUGGUGAUGGCAAUAGUUGUUGUGGUUUUAUUGGCCACAACAAAAGGAGUUAAAAGCCGCAAGGCCCGGGAAGAUUUAGACUACUUUGAGUACUGCGCCAUGAGUUGCAGAGCCCACAGUGCUUCCUUGGCAGAGUUUGGAGGAGUUGGUGAUGGAAGCACAUCAAACACCAAGGCUUUUCAGGCUGCCAUCAAUCAUCUCAGUCAGUAUCAAUCUGAUGGUGGGGCACAGCUCUUUGUUCCUCCUGGUAAAUGGUUAACUGGCAGCUUCAACCUCACCAGCCAUUUCACCCUCUAUCUCCAUAAAGAUGCAGUUCUUCUUGCUUCUCAGGAGGAGAGUGAAUGGCCGGUGAUCGAACCACUUCCAUCGUACGGUCGAGGGAGGGACACGGACGGUGGGAGAUUCAUCAGUCUGAUAUUUGGAACCAAUCUCACUGAUGUUGUAAUAACAGGGGACAAUGGCACCAUUGACGGUCAAGGUGAAUUAUGGUGGCAAAAAUUCAAGAAGGGAGAGUUAAAGUACACCCGACCGUACCUGAUCGAAAUCAUGUAUUCUGAAAAUAUCCAAAUUUCCAAUCUCACUUUGAUUAAUUCUCCAUCAUGGAACGUCCAUCCUGUUUACAGCAGCAAUGUUCUUGUCCAAGGCAUUACAAUUCUUGCACCAGUGACAUCUCCAAACACAGAUGGGAUCAACCCAGAUUCUUGCACAAAUACCAAAAUUGAAGACUGCUACAUUGUCUCUGGGGAUGAUUGUAUAGCAGUAAAGAGUGGUUGGGAUCAGUAUGGUAUUGCUUUUGGGAUGCCAACUAAGCAGCUUGUGAUCAGACGGCUCACAUGCAUUUCUCCAUUCAGUGCUGUGAUUGCACUUGGGAGUGAGAUGUCUGGUGGGAUCCAAGAUGUGAGGGCAGAGGACAUUCUGGCCAUUGAUUCAGAAUCAGGAGUUAGGAUCAAAACUGCUGUGGGAAGAGGAGGCUUUGUGAAAGACAUAUAUGUGAGAGGAAUGACUAUGAAAACCAUGAAAUGGGCAUUUUGGAUGACAGGAAACUAUGGAUCACAUGCAGACAAUGGCUAUGAUCCUAAUGCUCUUCCUGUGAUCCAGAAUAUAAAUUAUCAUGACAUGGUUGCUGAGAAUGUAACAAUGGCAGCUAAGCUGGAGGGAAUACCUGGUGAUCCGUUUACUGGAAUUUGCAUAUCGAACGUUACGAUUACACUGGCAAAGAAGGCAAAGAAAUUGCCAUGGAAUUGCACUGAUGUUGCUGGGAUUUCAAGUAGUGUGGUUCCGCAGGCAUGUGGGCUUCUGGCAGACCAGGGGCCAAUUAAGGUUGCAGCAUGUAAUUUUCCAGAAGAGAGCCUGCCAAUUGAUAAUGUUCAAGUUCAGGUGUGCUCUUACAGGAGGAAGCACUGGUGAUAGAUUGAAACUUGUUUAGGAAUUUGUUUCCGAUGAACAAUGAUUGAUUAUAUUACAAAGUUUUAUUUAAAACAAUCGAGAAAAAAAAUUUUAAGUUAAAUCUGA